AUGUAUAAAACAAACAUUAUAAACAUUAUCAUUAUCUUGUGUUUAUGUGCUGCUAUAUUCACAUCCGCAGUACCACUCGACAUGACAUCAAGAACCUCCUCAUUAGACUCUCGUUCCGCAAAGCCAUUAAAUUACAAUGCUGGAUGGGCCAUAGAAUCUAUUUAUAAAGCUAAGAAAAGAGGUAUAUUACCUCCAACAUUAGUUCAACCAGAAUCCGAUAUAAAUGAGUCAUCCGUUAAAAACCGCAGGUUAAUGACUAAAAGAAUCAUUGCCGCUCCAGAAGAUGCUGUGCUUCAUGCAAAACGAGCUAAAAAGCAAGGAAGAAGGUCCGUCGUUAAAAAGCAAUUUGUUGAUAAGGAUUCAAAGAGAAAUGAGAAGUAA